GACUGGACAUUUAACUAGUUCUGAAAACUUGAGCGAUGAGCAGCCGGCGGCGACGAUGCAAACGUCAGUUGAUCAAGUUCACUCAGCACAUUGCUCGAUUGAUCUCAGGCACUCUGAAAUCAGAUAAUGAGGAUGAAGAGCUGGAGAGCACGACGGAACGGUACCAACCAGAAAAUCUGGAACAACUGCAGUCGCAGACCCAUUUUUCCAGACAAGAGUUACAGCUUCUCUACAGAGGAUUUAAGAAUGAAUGUCCAAGUGGAGUUGUGAAUGAGGACACAUUUAAAAACAUCUAUGCAUUGUUCUUCCCAAUGGGAGAUUCAGCAAAAUAUGCAUAUUUUCUCUUUAAUGCUUUUGAUAAAGAUCAAAAUGGCUCACUUAGUUUUGAGGAGUUAGUUUGUGAUCUCUCAGUUCUGUUGAGGGGUACUACUCAGGAGAAACUGAAUUGGGCUUUCAAUCUUUAUGACAUCGACAAAGAUGGACACAUUACUAAAGAGGAAAUGUUUGAUAUAUUAAAGUCUAUAUAUGAUUUAAUGGGGAAAUCUAUCCAUCCCCGGCUUAAAGAAGAGGUAGUACGGCAACACGUCAGAAUGUUCUUCCAAAAGAUGGACAUAAACCAGGAUGGCGUAGUAACUAUUGAUGAAUUCAUUGACUCCUGCCAAAAAGAUGAAAAUAUCAUGCAGUCUCUUAAGAUUUUUGACAAUGCAGUCUGAACAUCAGCCAGGAAAUCCACCAUCAGAAAUUGGAUUGACUUCAGACAAGAACACUCAUUGGAUUUCAGUUUUGUAAAGUGAUGAACAGCUAUUGUGGGCCAUUCUAGACUAUCCAAGACUGCUCAUGAAUGUUUUGGAUAUUUAUUUUGAUAUAUUUA